AUGACUUAUUUGACUUAUUGUUCUAUUGCUUCAGUCUUGGACAACCUCGAGAAAUUGUUCGGUAGAUUAACGAAAUUUGAGGACUUAUAUGCAGACUUUGCGGAGAUUUAUGAUGAGGAGCUGAAAGUUGUGAUGAUUGUGAAGCUGGAAUUAAAACUUGUAAGAACUUUUCUUCUGUGUGCAAGAAAAUGGAGCUUCGACGGGUGGAAGCAUGGAAGCCUUGAAGCUUUCUUAUCCAGCCUUGAACGUGAACUUAUUGUUCUAAACAACUAUGAGGCCUUCUACGCUCUAACGGAGGAUGAUCUCCCCUACGAAUAUGAUAUGAUCGAGGACCUCGAGGUAUUGUCUAAAUUUCGGGCCAUCUUAAGAACUUUUGAGGUAGAAUUCAGCGAAUUGUACAUGAGCUUGUUGGAUUUUGUAUUGCUAUCGAAUUCUUCUAUGGUGGAUGAUGUACUUCUGGAAUUCAUUGACUCCCUGCUAGAGAAUCUGGGGGAUGUUUUAGGACCCAAGGAACCCCUCAAAGAGAAGUUAAACUUCCUGAAGGAUUUGAUCCUCUUUGUAACAUGGGAAGGUGUUGAGCAUAGUCUGUGGAAAGAUCUGUUGGCCCGCUUCCAAUUUGUGGCUGUCCAGGCAGCCCAUCUGUCUUACAUGUGUUGGUUUGACAGCUAUGAUGAAGUGUUUAUUGAAAUUCAAUUUCUGAUUUCUGAACUACUACAGAUGAUCAGGCCUGUUAAUCCUGAAUUUAGCAAGACUUGUGCCCGGGUCUUAAGAGCUGCAAAAUUAACAGGAUUAUUGCACAGUCUGGAUUUUGAGACAGAUAUGGGUAUAGUUGGGAACUUUGCUGAUUCCCUGCUGGAUAUGCUGUGGGAGGUUCUAAACUGUGGUACCAGCUUUGCGGUUGCAAAGCGAGACCAGAUGCAAAUGCUCAAUGAUGGACUCAGAUUCUUGAGAGCCAUUCUCAAAAUGCAGCAGGAAAAGUUCAAUCUGCUACACCAAAAAAUGAAGGAUCUUGUAGGAGCUAGUGUCAAUGAUGCAGGAAUCCUGAUUUAUUCGCUUUUCACAAAGAGAAUAGAAGGAGAUCUACUGAAGGAUCUGGGUCUUGCAUUUCUUGAUUUUCUCGAGAAGAUUAAGCUUAUCAAGAUAGUAACAUCAACAUUUGACUCCCCAGGGACCAAUGGGCUUGGCUUUAUAAAGUUUCUUCUAGACAAUCUGACUGAGCUGGCAAGGCUUGAUUUAGUUGCCCAUUCAAGGGAUCAAAUUCAGAUAGUUCAGAAAGAUUUUGUAAUCUUGGGAUCUGUUUUUGAGAAGAUUGAUGAGCAGCGCAACAAGAAUGAAAAGCUCACAGCUCUCUGGAGUCAUGCUAUUGAGGUGGCAAACAAGGUAAUGCUUUUAAUUAGCUCUUUUGAUCUUUCUCCUUUGUCCUUUGAUAGCAUCUCAGAAGAACUAUUGCAAAUUAAAACUCAAGCCAAAGAGAUUGAUGACAUGUAUGGCUCUGAAGCCAAGAAAGUUGCCAAGACUUCUAAUUAUGGCUCAUUACAAGCAAGAAUCCCAAGACUAAAUCAUGUUGUGGUAGGUUUCGAUGAUGAGACAAAAAGAAUAAUUAAUCAAGUCAAAUAUGGGUCGCAGAAAUUGGACGUUGUAUCCAUUGUCGGCAUGGCCGGACUCGGCAAGACAACUUUAGCCAAACGUGUGUACAACAAUCGUUCAAUUAGAAACAAUUUUCAUAUUUGGGCAUGGUGCAAUGUCUCUCAAGUAUAUCGCAAGAAAGAUUUAUUACUUGAGAUUUUGGGUUGUAUCUAUCCUGAGAAUUCUAAGCAAUAUUCUGAGAUGGAAGCAGAUGAUUUGACGCUGAAGCUCUACCAAUCCCUGAAGCUAAAUAAGUACUUCAUCGUCUUGGAUGAUGUAUGGGACAUAAAGGCAUGGCAUGGCUUGAAGGAAUCAUUCCCAGAUGAUUCAAAUAAAAGUAGAAUACUCAUAACAAGCCGACUGUAUGAAGUUGCUUCACAAGUUAAACAGCAUGUGAACCUAACCAUCUACGCCACUUCACUGAUGAUGAGAGCUGGGAGUUGCUACAGAAGAUGCUCUUUCCCAAUGAAUCCUGUCCUCUUACAGUAG